GAGGCUGAUUACCUCAACGUCAACUGGGCUUCCAAUCCAACGCUGCUGAUAAAUGGCUAAAAGCCACGGAAGCGUUUCUCCUAAGUCUGAACGGUGAAGAGAAUGUCCCAGAAAUCCUGGAUAGAGAGCACUUUCACCAAGAGGGAAUGUGUGUACAUGCUUCCAGUUUCAAAAGAUCCGCACAGAUGCCUCCCUGGAUGCCAGAUUUGCCAGCAGCUGGUGAGAUGCUGCUGUGGGCGGCUGGUGAGGCAGCACACUGGCUUCACUGCCAGCUUGGCCAUGAAGUACUCAGAUGUGAAGCUGGGUGAGAGUGGCAUGCCAGAGCUGGAGGAGUGGUCGGUGGAAAGGCACACAGAGGAACAUCCCACAGAUGCCUAUGGCAUCAUCAACUUCCAGGGAGGAUCACAUUCCUACAGGGCCAAGUAUGUGCGUCUGUCAUAUGAUACCAGGCCAGAGAUGAUCCUCCGCCUCAUGCUCAAAGAGUGGCAGAUGGAGCUUCCGAAAAUCGUUAUCUCUGUUCACGGCGGUGUCCAGAACUUUGACUUCCACCCUCACCUGAAGCAGGUGGUGGGAAAGGGUCUGGUCAAGGCAGCUGUCACCACAGGGGCCUGGUUCCUAACCGGAGGGGUGAACACAGGGGUAGCAAAGCACGUUGGCGAUGCGCUCAGGGAGCACUCCUCCAGAUCCGCCCGCAAGAUUUGUACAAUUGGAAUCGCUCCCUGGGGAGUUAUCGAAAACAGGAAUGACCUCAUCGGGAGAGAUGUGGUGGCCCCCUACCAGACACUGCUGAACCCCCUGAGCAAGCUGAAUGUACUGAACAACCUGCAUUCUCAUUUCAUCCUGGUGGAUGAUGGGACAGUAGGGAAGUAUGGCGCAGAGGUCAGGCUCCGACGGGAGCUAGAGAAGCACAUCAACCUGCAGAGGAUUCAUGCCAGAAUUGGGCAGGGUGUGCCAGUGGUGGCGGUGAUCCUCGAGGGGGGGCCCAAUGUGAUCCUCACAGUGCUUGAGUACCUACAGGAGAGCCCCCCUGUCCCCGUGGUUGUGUGCGAAGGCACAGGUCGUGCUGCCGAUGUCCUGGCAUAUGUCCACAAGCACACCGAGGACAGAGGAGGUCUUCCUGAUGGUGUUGAAAUGGACAUUAUUGGAACCAUUAAAAAAACAUUCAACUUCAGUCAAGGUGAUGCCAGCCACCUCUUCCAAACGCUGAUGGAAUGUAUGAAGAACAAAGAAUUGAUAACAGUUUUUCAUGUUGGAUCAGAGGAUAACCAGGACAUCGACGUGGCGAUACUAAGAGCGCUUCUAAAAGGCACGAACACAUCAGCGUUUGACCAGCUGGUACUCACCCUGGCCUGGGACCGGGUCGACAUCGCUAAGGAUCACGUGUUUGUCUACGGGCAGCAGCUGCUGGGAACCUCUCUGGAGCAGGCGAUGUUAGACGCUCUGGUGAUGGACCGUGUGGAGUUUGUGAAACUUCUGAUUGAGAAUGGAGUCAGCAUGCAUCGCUUCCUUACAAUCAGCCGCUUAGAGGAGCUCUACAACAUGAAACAAUCUUCCACAAAUCCAAGUCUGUUUCACCUUGUAAGGGACGUCAAACAGGGUCACCUCCCUGCAAAUUAUAAAAUCACCCUGAUUGACGUGGGUCUUGUCAUCGAGUACCUCAUGGGCGGGACAUAUAGGUGCAACUACACCAGGAAGCGCUUCCGGAUCAUUUACAACAAUCUCCAUGGAAAUAGUCGGAGGUCUGGGCGACACAUAACCAUUGGUGGAUCACACCUGCACAAGAACCGCGAGUCCUUCUGCAUCUAUGCUGAUAAGAAGGAGAAGACCAGGCACAACCACUUCAUCAAGACAGCUCAACCAUACAAACCCAAGCCGGAGUCCUCCAGACAGCAGUUGAGGAAGAGGAGUAGAGAGGAGGUGGUGGACAUUGAUGACCCAGAGACGCAGCGCUUCCCUUACCCCUUUAACGAGCUGCUGGUGUGGGCUGUGCUGAUGAAGAGGCAGAAGCUGUCCCUCUUCUUCUGGCAGCAUGGUGAGGAGUCCAUGGCCAAGGCCCUGGUAGCCUGCAGGCUCUGCCACUCUAUGGCUGUCGAGGCCCAGAAGAGCGACGUAGUGGAUGGCAUGUCCGAGGAGCUGAAGGAGUAUUCAGAGGAGUUCGGAACGUUGGCGGUGGACCUGCUGGAGCAGUCCUUCAGGCAGGAUGAGACCAUGGCCAUGAAGCUGCUCACCUACGAGCUUAAGAACUGGAGCAACUCCACCUGCCUGAAAUUGGCUGUGUCAUCCCACCUGCGGCCAUUUGUGGCACACACCUGCACGCAGAUGCUGUUGUCUGACAUGUGGAUGGGACGUCUCAACAUGAGGAAGAACUCCUGGUACAAGGUCAUUCUGAGCAUCUUGGUUCCACCAGCGAUACUCCUUCUGGAGUAUAAAACCAAAGCGGAGAUGUCCCACAUCCCCCAGUCCCAGGAUGCCCAUCUGAUGACCAUGGAGGACGGCGAGCACUUCCUCCAUCACCCCCAUGCCCAUGAUCACGUCCAAAUGGGCAUCUUCAAGGAGAUGAGGCAGCAGGGUGAUGCCACAGAGGCAAAAAGUGAGACCGAAGUUCACUUUCGCCCAAGGAGGAUCCCCAUCACCAGAAAGUUCUAUGCUUUCUACCAUGCCCCCAUUGUGAAAUUCUGGUUCAACACGUUGGCAUACCUGGGCUUCCUGAUGCUGUACUCCUAUGUGAUCCUGGUACGAAUGCCACCUACACCCUCCUGGCAGGAGUGCGUUGUCAUCCUCUACAUCUUCACCUCAGCCAUAGAGAAGACCCGGGAGAUGUUUAUGUCUGAAGCUGGAAAGAUAACUCAAAAGAUCAGAGUCUGGUUCAGUGACUAUUUUAACAUUUCAGACACCAUUGCAAUAGUCUCGUUCUUUGUGGGGUUUGGAUUGCGAUUUGGAACUGGUGACCUCUUCAUAGCUGGGAGGAUAGUGUAUUGCCUGAAUAUCAUAUUUUGGUUUGUACGACUGCUGGACAUUGUGGCUGUGAACCAGUAUGCUGGCCCCUACAUCAUGAUGAUCGGGAAAAUGGUGGCCAACAUGUUUUACAUUGUUGUGAUAAUGGCCGUGAUACUCGUUAGCUAUGGGGUUCCGCGGAAAGCAAUUCUAUACCCCAACGAGGAACCUUCCUGGACACUGGCCAAAGAUGUGGUCUUCCAGCCCUACUGGAUGAUGUAUGGCGAGGUGUACGCAUACGAGAUCGAUGUUUGUGCGGAUAAUAGUGAGGCAAAGGAGCUGUGUGGCCCAGCAGUUUGGCUGACCCCGCUUCUGCAGGCUGUUUACCUCUUUGUUCAGUACAUUCUCAUAGUAAAUCUCCUCAUUGCUUUCUUCAACAAUGUGUAUCUGUCUGUGAAAUCCAUCUCCAACCUGGUGUGGAAAUAUCAGCGCUAUCAUUUCAUCAUGGCAUACGAUGAGAAAUCAGUCCUUCCACCUCCCCUCGUCCUCCUCAGUCACCUGGUCUCCAUCUUCACCUGCAUCUGCAGGAAGAGGAAGAAGGGCAGCAGAACGUAUGGCCCAAAGUUGUUUCUGACAGAGGAGGACAGGAAGAGGCUGCAUGACUUUGAGGAGCAGUGUGUUGAAACGUACUUCCAAGAAAAAAACGAUCAGUUUCACUCAGGGAGUGAGGAAAGGAUCAGAGUUACCUCCAACAGAGUGGAGACCAUGUACCUGCAACUUAAGGAGGUGGGGAAGCGGGUCAACUAUAUAAAGCGCUCCCUCGUCACCCUAGACUCCCAGAUUGGGCACCUCCAGGACCUGUCAGUUUUGACAGUGGACACGCUGAAGGCUCUCUCUGCCCAGCGAACAUCCGAGGCCAGCAAGGUGCACAACCGGAUCACACGAGAGCUCAGUGUGUCCAAAAACCUGGCACCCCGCCCACUGGACAUCACCUCCCACACCCAACUCCCUGUCCCGCUCAAGUGCAGCAUGCAAGCAGGAGGGGACUUGGCAGAAUCUUUUUUCAGCAGAAGGGGUGGGGAUAGGUGUGCCUUGAACACAGACAGAAAGGGUGCUGGCAGCCUGGUGGCGGCCUCCUCAGAUGCCGCCCUGUCUCCGCCAGAGCUCCGCCUUGGAGGCCAGCCCAUGGCUGAGGUAUCUGUGUCCUGCCCAGAGGAUCCCCAGAGCACUGACGUGCCGAGCAGCCUGCCAUGGGCUGCAAAGUUUUUUGUUGGCACCCCUUCUCAGCAUGGUGAGCCCUCAUCUUUGGAGCAGCAGGAUGUCCUGGCUGAAGGCUCCAGUGUUGAAUUCGGGGCAUUUGUGGGCCACAAAGAUAAUGCUGUGCUUCAGAGAUCAUUCCGAGGAAACCCCCCUGCAGGAAUGGGUCGUCUCAGCCCAUUAAAGAAGGGCAAAGAGAUGGGCUUUUCUGGAGGUCUUAUGAGGACGGUCAGCUCAUACGCUGGCUUCACAGAGUUUGACAGAAACUACGCCUCUCUCUGUCCCAGCUCGGCUGUCAGUGGGAGAGGGCGGAGUCAAGUGUCAGCGGAAGAUCUCCUGUAUCACCAGGACCUGAAAGCAGGGCUGCUGCUGGAGAGGAUGCAGCACAAGUCGGCACAAUCCAGCAACCUAUCCCCAAGGGAAGAGGCCUUGAAUGCUUCAACAUCCCUGUACCUGUUCAGACACACACACCUGGGGGUCAGGAAAGACUCCACUGGUUCUCCUUUCAAGUCCAUGGACACAAGCUAUCAAUAUUCAGCUGUGGAGCGUAAUAAUCUCAUGAGGUUAUCCCAGAGCAUCCCCUUCACCCCUGUACCACCAAAAGGAGAGCCUGUAACAGUGUAUCGCCUGGAGGAGAGCUCUCCAAACACCCUCAAUAACAGCAUGUCAUCCUGGGCCCAGCAAGGGCUGUGUGCCAAGAUCGAGUUCCUUGGCAAAGAAGAGAUGGGAGGGGGCCUGCGCCGGGCACUUAAGGUGCUCUGCACCUGGUCUGAGCAUGACAUCCUCAAGCCAGGACACCAGUACAUCAUCAAGUCUUUCCUGCCAGAGGUGGUCAACACCUGGCAGAGCAUCUACAGAGAAGACACCGUCUUACACUUGUGUCUCAGGGAAAUUCAGCAGCAGAGGGCAGCUCAGAAACUGACUUUCGCUUUCAACCAAAUUAAGCCAAAGACAAUUCUCUACUCUCCCAGGUUCCUAGAAGUGUUUCUGCUGUAUUGCCACUCCGCCAACCAGUGGUUCGCCAUCGAGGAGUGCAUCACUGGGGAGUUCAGGAAGUUCAACAAUAACAACGGUGAUGAGAUCGUCCCCACAACCCUGAUGGAGGAGACGAUGCUUGCCUUCAGCCACUGGUCCUAUGAGUACACAAGAGGCGAGCUUGUAGUGCUUGACCUGCAAGGCGUUGGGGAGAUUUUGACAGAUCCAUCUGUGAUAAAAAGGGGUGAAAAUGAAUCAUAUGACAUGAUAUUCGGUCCAGCAAACCUGGGGGAUGACGCUAUUAGGAACUUUCGUGCUAAACACCACUGCAAUUCCUGCUGCAGAAAACUCAAACUUCCAGACCUAAAGCGAAAUGAAUACACACCAGACAAAGUCACCCUGUACUCUGAUGACACCCCAUCUGAAGGUUUGGUCCAGCCAGAUAGUGGCUUGAGUGAACAAAGGCCCUCUUUGAAUCUGACGCUGUGAGGGGUGGGGCCAAAGCCACAGAGGUAGAAGUAAGAGUUUGUAAGGGAAAACUUGUUCAGAUUGGAACUGCAAAAAUUUAUCAACAGAGAAUGUAAUCCGGAUUUUUUUCUAUAUAGAUUUUUAAAUGUGUUGAAAUAUGUAUGGAAUUUGUGGAACAUCUUAUGUAUGAAACAUUUGUUUUGAGAUAUAUUGAAAAUCAUGUAAGAUAGGGGCAGAUUGCAGUGCAACUUCUAUAGCAGAACACAUGGUUUUAAGUCUUAAUUGUUGAAUACUCUGCACUCUGUUAUUGGAAUUUUUUAAUGUUUCCAAGCUUCUGUUGUCAUUUUCAUCAUUCAAAUGUCUCACGAGAAAAUUGUAAUGUAGUGGAUCUUAUAGAUACAAUUGCC